GACACCGUGUGCAGGGGUAGCUAUCUUAACCUCCGGAGGCGAUGCACAGGGGAUGAACGCAGCUGUUCGAGCUGUCAUUAGAUAUCUCACUCAUCAGAAUAUACCUGUCUUCUGUGUAUUUGAUGGCUACGAAGGACUUUGUAAAGGUGGUGAUUUGAUCAAACAGAUGGGGUGGAAAGAUGCACUUGGUAUCCUGAGUAAGGGCGGUACUUUGAUCGGAACUGCUCGCUGUCCGGCAUUCAGGAAUCGUGAAGGCAGGAAGAUGGCUGCAAAGAAUCUGAUUGAAAGAAAAAUAAACAGUUUGGUAGUGAUUGGUGGUGAUGGGAGCUUGACUGGAGCCAGCAUCUUCAAAACUGAGUGGCCUGACCUCCUAGGAGAGUUACUGAAAGAGAAACAGAUAUUUCCAGGGAAUGCUAAGCUCUGUUCCUAUCUCAACAUAGUGGGAAUGGUUGGGUCUAUUGAUAACGAUCUGUGUGGAACUGACAUGACCAUUGGUGCGGACACUGCCCUACAUCGUAUAGUGGAUGCCAUGGAUUGUCUGGCAAGUACUGCAGCUUCUCAUAACCGUACCUUUAUUAUAGAGGUCAUGGGGAGGCACUGUGGUUACCUGGCUCUGAUGUCCGCGAUCGCAGGUCCUUGUGACUGGGUCUUUAUUCCUGAGGCUCCCCCUGAGUCAAACUGGAAGGAGGUUCUUGUGACCAAGAUGAAGAACGCAAGUAACUCUUCAAAGAGAUUCGGUCUGAUAGUGAUUGCAGAGGGAGCCGCUGACUGUGAUGGAAAUCCUAUUAAAGCAGAGCAAGUCAAAACACUGCUCAGUGACAAUGGGAUGGAUGUGAGAGUAACAGUUUUAGGGCAUGUCCAGAGAGGGGGCCAGCCGACUGCAUUUGACAGAACUCUUGGGUCUAGGCUGGGUUGUGAAGCUGCGAAGGUUAUCUUGGAAGGGAUCCAUGCUGGAGCUGAGAUAGACCCAUGUAUAGUGAGUUUGAAGAACAACACUAUAGUUAGACUCCCUCUAAUGGAAGCUAUCAAACAUACUCUUAGCAUUAAGGAGUGCUUCAAAAAUAAAGAUUUUCAGAGAGCCCAGGAGUUGCGGGGUACGGGUUUCAGUAAGAAAGUUGAGAUGAGUAAAAUGCUGAGUGUGCUAGAGGUCAAAUCGCUUCCUGAAGAUGGCAAGCAGCUCAAUAUUGUAGCCUUCAUUGGGGGUCCAGCUCCAGGCAUGAACUCUGGUAUAAGAGCCCUAGUUAAGAUUGCUGCGUACCAUGGAAACAUAGUGACUGUUUACCACGAGGGAACGGACGGGAUUUUAGCUGAUAACUCGGAGGUGAUCUCCCCUGCCCAGUGUGAGUUGUGGAGUAUGAGAGGGGGUUGCAUUGCGGGGUCUAGUCGCUCAACUAUCAACUCAUCCAAUGUUGAAGUUGCUCUGUCCAAUUUCGCCAAACGUAACCUUGACUGCCUGGUUCUGUUUGGAGGUUUUGAGGCUGUUACCUCCAGCCUUGCUCUCACCAAACAUACCACUAUGCCAGUUUACUUGGUUCCGGCCAACUAUUUAGCAAAACGUACCGAGGCUAUCGAUUUAUCUAUAGGAUUGCGAUUUUCCCUGAACACGAUAGUUCGCUCGGUGGAUUGUAUCAAGCAGUCCGCUGCUUCUACACGUAAGAGAGUGUUUAUAAUUGAAGUGAUGGGAGGGAAUUGUGGUUAUUUGGCGGUGUUGAGUGGUUUAGCCAGUGGGGCUGAUGCGGCGUACAUUCCUGAACUGCCAGUCAACAUUGAUGAACUUCAGUGUGAUGCUUACAAAGUUAUGGACAAAAUGGAACAAGGGUGUCACAGAGGAAUAAUCAUAGGAAAAGAAACCAGCUACCUCACUACAAAAACAGACUUUGUAUACAGCUUGUAUGUGAUAAAAGAGGGACAGUUUGCCGUAAGAAGCUCAGUUCUAGGACACAUUCAGCAGGGAUUCACCCCUUCACCAUUCGAUAGAACGCUCGCUGCUACUUUCGCUUGCAAGGUUUACAGAGACAUAAUAAAGCGCCUCACCAAAGCACAUUUCACAUCAGACGACGUGGUCGUCCUUGGAAUCCGGGGAAGUAGCACGGUGUUUACACCCGUGUUGGAGCUCCAGAUGGACCAACAGCGCCGUGUGCCACUUGAUAGCUGGUGGCUGGACCUGAAACCUCUGAUCCAGACCUUGGCUCUGCAACCCAGUACUGCUAGAGCUAAAACUAGUCGUACGGCUGGCUGUCCUCAUUGCAAUGGUGGAGGUUGUGAUAAGGGUACCUCACAUUAGGAAACUUCGCGAUUCGGUUGAUUAGAUUAUGAACAUUGUAUUGAUGAUAUGAAACUGCUUUGGUUUUUUUUGAUACUUUUUUUUCUUUUUUGUGGACACCUUGGAUUAUUCUUGGUUUAUUUUGCUUGAAUAAAUAUGGUUAUGUAAUUUUUUUUCAUUACUCAUUCGUUUUUGAUUCUUAAAUUUUCAGAAUUUGCAUGUUUGGUUUUCAGCAAAGAUUAUUAAUUUAUAAGUAUUGUCCAUAUUAAAAUGUUUAAUAUGUACCUUAAUUAUGUAAUUUAUUUACUCCAAAUUUUUACAUAAUUGAAAUAAAUUGCAUGAUCUGCAACUAAUUUCUGUUUGAUUGCCUACGCAUAAAAACAUAAUAAUGGAUCUUUCUUGAGGCAUGAUAUCGUGAUUUGAUGACUGAAUCAUGGCAAUAAAUUACCACUUUUCACUUCGCCAUAAAAGGAAUAAUAAAUGUUAUACAAAAUGUUAGAUAUGGAGAAUACGAUGCAUAAAAGAAUAAAUAUUGG